AUGGCGCCAAAAGAAGCGACUUCACAGACUUGGCCCUUGCACAAGGACUUCAAAACGCACUGCAUGAUGGCGCAGAAAAGGCGAGCCGCCAAGAAGGCGCGAGUUUCCACCAUGAAAGACGAUGACUGGGACGAGCAGCCAGAAGCUAGCGAGGGAGAGGACUCCGAAGGGGAGGCCACGCCUGGCCGGGGAGGGGCGGCAUUUCCUAUGGCGGGUGUGCUGGAGUUCGAAGGAGAUGAUGAAGACCCAGUGUCGGCGCGUCAGAGGAAGCUGAACAAGAAGAAGGCCAAGUCGGGGGGCUUCGAAUCGCUGGGCCUGAGCCUGCCGGUCUUCAAGGGUGUAAAACGGAAGGGCUACCGGGUGCCAACGCCCAUCCAGAGGAAGACGUUGCCCCUCAUCCUCGCGGGGCAUGAUGUCGUGGCGAUGGCGCGAACGGGCUCGGGAAAGACCGCAGCCUUCCUAAUACCCAUGCUGGAGCGCCUCAAGCAGCAUACUUCGCGGGCGGGGGCGCGAGCGGUCAUCCUGUCCCCCACCAGAGAACUGGCCCUGCAAACUUUCAAGUUCUGCAAGGAGCUCGGGCGCUACACCGACUUGCGUGCCGCGGUCUUGGUCGGCGGUGACAGCAUGGAAGAACAGUUCGGAGCGCUCGCUCAAAACCCCGACGUUCUAGUUGCCACCCCAGGCCGGCUGAUGCACCACUUGUCCGAAGUGGAGGGCAUGUCGCUACGAAGUGUGGAGUACGUCGUGUUUGACGAGGCGGACCGCCUGUUCGAAAUGGGGUUUGCGGAUCAGCUGCGGAGCAUUUUGCAGCACCUGGCGGACACGCGGCAGACGCUGCUGUUCAGUGCGACGCUGCCGAAGCUGCUGGCCGAGUUUGCGCGUGCGGGCCUGCGCGAUCCGCAGCUGGUGCGCCUGGACGCGGACGCGCGCGUGAGCAAGGACCUGCGCGUGCAGUUCUUCACGAUGCGCGCCGAGGAGAAGCCGGCCGCGCUGCUGCACCUGCUGCAUGAGGUCAUCCCUGCAGACCAGCAGACGAUCAUCUUCACGGCCACGCGGCACCACGUGGAGUUCCUGAACGAGCUGCUGACGCACUCUGGCGUCACCCCGUCCGUGGUAUACGGCACCAUGGAUCAGACGGCGCGCAAGAUCCACAUCGGCAAGUUCCGCGCGCAGAAAACGCGCCUGCUCAUCGUCACGGACGUGGCCGCGCGCGGAAUCGACAUCCCGCUCCUUGACAACGUCGUCAAUUAUGACUUCCCCCCCAAGCCGAAGCUGUUCGUUCACCGCGUGGGGCGUGCCGCUCGCGCUGGACGGACGGGAACAGCCUUCUCUUUUGUCACCCCUGAAGAGAUCCCGUUCAUGCUCGACCUGCAUCUGUUCCUGUCGCGGCCGGUGUUCCCCGCCCCCACCGAAGAGGCGCUCCGAGGCGCGGGGACCGACAAGAAUGACAGCGGGGACGUUACGGUCUACGGGCGCUUCCCGCAGUCGAUCCUGGAUCCGGCAAUGGAGAGGAUCCGCGAUCUUAGCAGCACGCACCACGACUUGGAUAACCUGGUCAAGGUGUGCGCGAACGCGUAUCGAUUGUAUGUGAAGACGCGGCCUGCGCCAUCGAUCGAGUCGGUGGCACGAGCGAAGCAGCUGCCGAAAGAGGGGACGCACCCUCUGCUCCGGACCAAAGUCGACGCCGCCGAGCAGACCCUCGCCGAGUUCACGGAGCACCUGAAGAAGUUCCGUCCCCGGCAGACGGUUCUCGAGACGGAGGGCGCGGCCGCCAAGGGCGAGCGGCAGGAGACGCUCGUGGUGACGAUGCUCGCCAAGCGGGCCGCGCACGAACACGUCAUCGAGGCGGCGCGGCACAAGGACGAGGACCGGCCGUUUGGGGGAGAGGAUGACGACAUGGAGGAGCCGGAAGAUGCUGCCGAGGCUGCCCCCGAGCCAGAGACGGCACCUGCGAAGAAGCGGAAGAGGGCGCAGAAAGGAGUUGCGGAAGAGGGGCGGCCGAAGAAGAAAAGCAAGCCGAAGAGCUACCAGGACGAUCAGUUCUUCAUCAAUGCGAUCCCGCCAAAUCGAUUUGCGGAGCAGCAGCUGUCGGUCAGCGGCGGCAGCGGCACACGUGGCGCGUCCGACUUCGACCACGGCACGAUGGACUCCGCGAUCCUCGAUCUAGUUCCCGACGACGAGGCCGGAAUCACCAAGAAGCGUGCGACGUACCACUGGGACCGCAAGAAGAAGAAGUACAUCCGGCUGCAACCGGGGGAGGUGUUAACGGGCUCCGGGAAGGUGAAGUCGGAGAGCGGCGCGCGCGUGAACGCGGGGCAGCAGAAGGGGCUGUAUAAGAAGUGGCAGGCGCGCACGCAUAUGAAGGUGGCCACGGCAGGGGAGGAGGGGGAGGAUAGCCCCGCAGCGGGCGGGGCGGUCACAGCGGAAGAGGUCGCGGCCGCGGGGGCGGCGGGGGCAGGGGAGGGAGCGGUGGCAGGGGCGGAGGACGAUCUGGACCGGGGGGCAAUGUCCGUAGCGAAGUGA